AUGCAUGCAAACGUGCAGGUGGUUACCAUUGAGGAGUGCGUGGGUGAGGUGGACAUUUUCACUUCCGCCACUGGCAACUUCAAGAUCAGUGGGCUUGAGCAGCGCCUCCACGUGGCGCCCACGGGCUUCCUUUUGGAAGUACAGAGCUUGCAAGGAGAGUCCACAUGUUCUCUGAUGAAUUGGCCCAACUUUGCCGAGAUUGUCAUAACUCCCAAGUAUUUGCACUUUGUUCCGAAUGACCUGAUCAUUGCGUCUCAUGACAUUGGACAGUUUGACAUCCUUAAUGUAGACAAAGACAUUGGACAGUUUGACAUCCUUAAUGUGGACAUGUUCGACAGCUGCUUGUUGAGGGAUUCAAGCACAGCGGUCAUGACCCUGAAGGAUGAGGGGAUUUUGCAUCGCUUGAGAGGUGGCACAUCUAGCAGAAAGACCAAGAACAAGAGGAAUCGCAUAAAAGCAUUGAGGAAAAUUGCUUGUGCCAAGACGCCGACAUCAUCAGAGACCUCCAGUGUCAAUCUCUCCCUUUUGGAGCCGUCUUGGAUCAAUGAAGAGGGGAGCGACAAGGAGGAUGAAGUGAAAGAUGGGGAUGUGGCAACUUUAGUUUGCCACAAAUGCAAAACGGAACAUCAGCUUGAGCCUUGUCAGUUUUCUGACUUGGAAAAGGAAGGACUUGAUGUGUCCAAAUUUUGCUGUGAGACAUUCAAUCGCUCCUGCAAGAGCGAGACAUCAUCUGAGUCCGACUUUGAAAAUUUUGAAAAAUCGUCUUCCGACGGCGAUGGUAGCUUUGCGACUAAGGGGGUUGACAAAGCAAUUUCUUUUACGCCAAACUUCAUUGAGAAUUGGAUCCAGGAAGCCAAAGACUGCGACUGGGAUGAGCCUGUUUUUGUACAGUGGCUCAAAGACUUUGAAGAACUCAAUGACAAUUUGCACAUCAACCAGCAGAUCCCGGAAGUUUCAUGGCUUUCCACUUCCAGGAUUGAUGACACAUAUGCUGACAAUUUGGGAAUAGAAGAAAGCAUUAGCAUCGAGGAGCUCUUAAAGCCUUGCGAAAGUGAUGGUGAUGGAGAAGGGAAAGCGACUGAGACCGAGUAUUUCCAACUUAGCAUUGCGGUAGGCGACAGCGGCUCUGGAGAUGAGGAGUCCUAUUUUCCUAGCAUGAUCGUUGCCACAGAGAAGAAGGACGAGGAGGCAUUUUCUCCUAGCAAGAUUGAGGUCACAGAGAAGAAGGUUGAGGAGACAAUUUUUCCUUGCGAGAAUGAGGCUGCUGAAAAGACGGAGGAGCAGACAUCCUUUUCAUGCAAGAUUGAGGAUACUGAGAAGAAAGAUGAGGAGACAUUUUUUCCAUGCGGGACUGAGGCCAUAGAGAAGAAGGACGAGGAGGCAUUUUCUCCUAACAAGAUUGAGGUCACAGAGAAGAAAGAAGUUGAGCCAUUUUCCCAAAACAUCAUCAAGGUCACAGAGAAGAAGGAUGGGGAGACAUUUUCUCCCAGCAAGAUCGAAGUCACCGAAAAGAAAGAAGAUGAGCCAUUUUCCCAAAACAUGAUCAACGUCACAGAGAAGAAGGAUGGGGAGACAUUUUCUCCCAACAUGAUUGAGGUCAUCGAAAAGAAAGACGUGGAGCCACUGUCUUUUAGCACAAUUGAGGCUGCAGAAAAGAAGGACGAGGAGCCACCUUUUCCUUGCGUGAUGAUUGAUAUUGAGAAGGAAGUUGAGGAGCCAUUUUCCCAGAACAUGAUCAAGGUCACAGAGAAGAAGGAUGGGGAGACAUUUUCUCCCAGCAAGAUCGAAGUCACCGAAAAGAAAGAAGAAGAGCCAUUUUCCCAAAACAUGAUCAACGUCACAGAGAAGAAGGAUGGGGAGACAUUUUCUCCCAACAAGAUAGAGGCCAUCGAAAAGAAAGAUGUUGAGCCACUGCCUUUUAGCACGAUUGAGACUGCAGAAAAGAAGGACGAGGAGCCACCUUUUCCUUGCGUGAUGAUUGGUAUUGCGAAGAAAGUUGAGGAGCCAUUUUCCCAGAACAUGAUCGAGGUCAUAGAGAAGAAGGAUGGGGAGACAUUCUCUCCCAGCAAGAUCGAGGUCAUUGAAAAGAAAGAAGAGGAGCCAUUUUCCCAAAACAUGAUCAACGUCACAGAGAAGAAGGAUGGGGAGACAUUUUCUCCCAACAAGAUUGAGGUCAUCGAAAAGAAAGACGUGGAGCCACUGUCUUUUAGCACAAUUGAGGCUGCAGAAAAGAGGGACGAGGAGCCACCUUUUCCUUGCGUGAUGAUUGAUAUUGAGAAGGAAGUUGAGGAGCCAUUUUCCCAGAACAUGAUCAAGGUCACAGAGAAGAAGGAUGGGGAGACAUUUUCUCCCAGCAAGAUCGAAGUCACCGAAAAGAAAGAAGAGGAGCCAUUUUCCCAAAACAUGAUCAACGUCACAGAGAAGAAGGAUGGGGAGACAUUUUCUCCCAACAAGAUUGAGGCCAUCGAAAAGAAAGAUGUUGAGCCACUGCCUUUUAGCACGAUUGAGACUGCAGAAAAGAAGGACGAGGAGCCACCUUUUCCUUGCGUGAUGAUUGGUAUUGCGAAGAAAGUUGAGGAGCCAUUUUCCCAGAACAUGAUCGAGGUCAUAGAGAAGAAGGAUGGGGAGACAUUCUCUCCCAGCAAGAUCGAGGUCAUUGAAAAGGAAGAAGAGGAGCCAUUUUCCCAAAACAUAAUCAACGUCACAGAGAAGAAGGAUGGGGAGACUUUUUCUCCCAACAAGAUUGAGGUCAUCGAAAAGAAAGACGUGGAGUCACUGUCUUUUAGCACGAUUGAGGUUGCAGAAAAGAAGGACGAGGAGCCACCUUUUCCUUGCGUGAUGAUUGGUAUUGAGAAGAAAGUUGAGGAGUCAUUUUGCAAAGACAAGAUCGAGGUCACAGAGAAGAAGGAUGAGGAGGCUUUUUCUCCUAGCAAGCUUGAGGUCACAGAAAAGAAAGAUGUGGAGCCAUUUUCCCAAAACAUGUCCAACGUCAAAGAGAAGAAGGAUGGGGAGGCUUUUUCUCCCAGCAAGAUUGAGGUCAUCGAAAAGAAAGAUAUGGAGGUUUUGCCUUUUAGCAAAAUUGAGGCUGCGGAGAAGAAAAACGAGGAGCCACCUUUUCCUUGCGUGUUUGAAGCUAUUGAGAAGGAAGAUGAGGGGGCGCCUCUUUGUCGCGUGAUUGAGGCCACAGAGAAGAAGGAUGGGGAGACUUUUUCUCCCUGCAAGAUGGAGAUCAUCGAAAAGAAGAAUGAGGAGCCACCUUUUCCUUGCGUGAUUGAGGCUGCUGAGAAGAAAGAUGCGGGUUCUUUUCUUUGCGAGUGCGAAGACACAGAAAAGAAGGAUGAGGAUUUAUCUUUGUCCUGUUUGGAAAAGAACGCUUCAGAAAAGAAGGAUGAGGGGAUAUCUUCCCCUGGCAAGCAAGAGGAAAGCGCUGAGGAUAUCAUUGAGAUGUUCUGCAGUAUCUAUAGCAGCGCAAAUGCACAGCUUUCUGAACUCAGAGGAGCUGGCAACAAUGAGGAAGCUAAUGAUUUCAGAGGAGGCGCAGGAGGAUCCAACGCCACAAAGAAGAAAAGAGACAUUGGGGAUUGCCUAGACAUGAUUGCUUCUAUCCUCAAAUACAAGACCAACGUGGAGGAAGCGCAGGAGCUUGAAGAAUUGAUCAAAGAAGCCAAAGGACACCUUGGAAGUCAAAAGCAAGGACAAUGUUUCUAUGGAAAAAUCCGAGCUGACAGCAACAAUGAAGAAGGCAAAGGAGGAAGCAAAGGAAAAUCCAAGACGAAAGGAAAAACAAAGAAGGAGGAUGAGCUUCCCCGCUUUGAUCUUUCGAGAAGAUGGCCAAAGACACAGCAGACCACAUGGCAAUCCUUGCAUAAGUCGUUGGAAGAAGGAGAAGUUCCAAAAGGUGAGAUUGCAAUUGUCAAAAGCGUCCAACAACUGCGACAAUUACAAACGCUUGCACAAGACCUUAAGAUCAACAAGUCAAUGCUGCUGGUUGCCAAAAGAAUUGGCACUGAUGACAUCCCGGAUUCCUGCCAAAGCCUUCUUCUCCCCUGGAUGGGGAACUUGGCCAUGAUCGAUGCGGUUGUUGGUAAUCUCAACAGACAAAAGCCCAAUUUGGAGAAAGAGAAGAUCAACGAGCGCAAGAUGGAAACUGCCAAGCGCGAUGACCUUGUCUCUUUGCGUUUGACAGCUCCAUGGAAGUAUAUCUCCGAGAAGAAUAAGCAGAUCUUGCAGCAGAAACCUGAAUACUCAGCCAGACUUUUGGACGACAGCUUGAAAGAGGCGAGGACCAACAGAUGGGAAAGCUCAGAAUCCCUCCUCACUGGAUACCUCAUGAUCAAUAAGCAGGAUGUUGGAAAGAUGAUGAAUUGCUCUGGAAAAAAUGGUAUCUUUGUGACGCGUCUUUCGCAGGACAUCGUUGUCAAACCUGCUGCCUUGUGGAUCACCAGAUUGAACGAUGAAAGCCAUCAUGAUUACCUUCAGAGAACCAUCCAGGAAGCGAAUGGCGCUCCUUUGACUUGGAGACGUGGAGAUGGCAAUGAUUUGGGGUACCACUGCAAGGAGGAGGACAUCACCGACAAGACUUGGGCGGUGAAGCCCAUGGAAAAUUAUGGACAAUGCAAUGAAAAGCAAAGCGCCUAUGCCUACCAGGCCGAGAUUGAUGGCCAUAUCAGACGCCUAUCAAUUGUCCGAUGGAAGUCCAGCAGAAAGCCAAAAGAAGAGACCUUUCAGGUUAGCGGCCCUAGGUGGUUCAGUGAACACUUUGCAUAUGAGAAGGUUGGCCCUACCCAGGUUUUGGAACCCACACAGAUCGAUGCCAAUAUGGAUGAAGAAGUUGAGGAGGCCAACAAAACCACCUCACCACCAAAGAAGAAGGCGAAACCAUCAAAACUCAGAGGAGGUGAGCUUGGACCAGAAGGGCUGAACUUGCGCACUUUGGAGCUCGGUGGCACUGGAGAUUGUGGGUGGCGAGCCAUUGCCUUCCAACUUGCAGCCAUCAAUACAAAAUCAUGCAACCUCGCUGACAAUGUUAUGUCCAAGAUCACAAUCCUUGGAAAAGCCCUCAGAAGCCAAGCACUUUUUCACCUCUGCGAAGUUGAUAAAGAGUGGCAGAACCACUGGGCACCAGAUGAUGCUUGGACCCACCUUACUGAAGAUGGACCUCCCGCGAAAGACAUCAAGACCUUUGCGACAGACACCAUACACAGAGACAAUAGAUGGAUUUGCCACUACGGUUUGAUGGCGGUUUCUGCAGUGAAGAAAGUUCACCUUGUCAUUUGGCAAUACAAGGGAGAAGACAGCGAGCCUUGGUCGAAGAUUGCGGUCAUCUCACCCAAUGAUGAAAAGAAAAGGCUGCCUAUCAUUCACCUUGCAAAAGAUGGUGGACACUACAUGCCGCUGAUUUCAGACACUUUGCAGAAGCCUGACUAUAGCCUGCUUGACGGUUCCGCUUGGACUUCAAAGGGUAUUCAGAGCAAGAUUAAGAACGAAACAAGAGAAAUCUUUAGAGCUGGAGGAGAAAUUGAGAUUGGAGGAGAAGACCAUCCACGUUCUCCUGUCCCUGAUGAAGAUCUCCCAUUUGAGCUGAAAGAUGGAACUGAUGGAUCAAGUGGCUUGAAUCUACGUGCGUUGGAGCUUGGGGGCACUGGAGAUUGCGGAUGGAGAUCCAUCGCCUUUUUGAUUGCUGCUUUCAAUACAUGUCAGGACAAUUUGGUCAACAAAGUGAUUCCCAAUAUUGCUUUUCUUGGAAAGACCCUGAAGCGACAAGCUCUUAGAUUUCUUUGCGAAGAAAACCUCGAAUGGCAAGAACAUUGGGUUCCUGAUGACUCCUGGACUGUUCUUACCGAAGAUGGCCCGCCAGCCGAGGAUGUGCACACCUUUGCAACUGAGACUCUCCACCGUGAAAACAGGUGGAUCUGCCACUAUGGUUUGAUUGCGGUUGCUGAGAUCAAGAAGAUCCACUUGGUCAUUUGGCAGUACAAUGGAAAUGCGGAAGAACCUUGGACAAAGAUUGCUGUGAUUUCCCCCAAAGAUGACUGGAGACAAUUUCCUUCAAUCCACCUUGCGAAAGAUGGUGGCCACUACAUGCCUUUGAUUCCUGACUCGAUCGAGAUCCCUGGCAACAACUUGCGUGCAAAUGGUAGAGUUUGGAGAGCCAAAAGUUUGUCAAGUAGAACAAUGAAAGAUUUUGGUUUCAGAGGUGGGACCAAUGCAAUCACUGACUCAAAGAGCAAAGCAGAUCCCAGCGUUUUUGAUGAUUUCAUGGACUUGCUGAAGUCACCAACGCCUUGGAGCACACCAAAGAAGACAGUGGAUACUCCGAAGAGUUCGAAGUCUUUGAGGACACCCAAUAUCCAGGAGAUCCUUAGAACUCCAAGGACACCAGCAACACCAAUGAGCUCCUCGAAUGCUGCUGAGAACACUGCAAACGAGCCGACCUCAUCAAAGACCUUGCGCUGGGCAUGCCCUUUUUGUCAAUUUCAGUGCUGCGUUAUCGAUCCGUCCAAAAGAACUCAGGAUAUCAGAACCCAUCUUGACAAGUUCCAUGCGGUUGAGGUCAAGAAGGCUAAAGACAAGAACAUCAGAGACGGCACUUCAGCUUCUGGUCGUCAUGGUUUGGGAAUUGCCACACUCUUGAAGCCGAUUCCUUUUUUGAAAGUUUCGAAGGAGGAGGCCAAAAUGCGCUGCCCUUAUUGCAAGCUUGGCACCACCAUGCAGCCAAGCAACACAGCUCUUAGGAAAAAGACCUUGAAGCAUCACUUGAAGAAUUGCACGAAGGCCCCCAAAGAUUGCACUCUCAGAAUGUUCUAUGCGGCCAGAAUGAAAAACGAAGGAGGAAUCUGCCUUGGAGAUAGCAAAGCACACCGAGAGAAAAUGCUGUGCGGCAUUUGGAAUAAAGCAGAUGGAAAAGCGAAAGCCUUUGGACAUGAACCUCACAGAAUUUUCGAUGACAAAGGCCAUGCUUGCGAUGUCUUUUGCAAGAAGUGUUGGAGAAUUUCUUCUCACUCAAGAACUUGGAAUCAGCCCUGCGAAGGAGAGGAGGCAAGGGACAGACCCAGAAUCCUCCCUUCAGUGCAAUUUUGGCAAAAGUACACCAAGAAGUUUGGAGAAAGCAAGUUUUUUGACAUUCUUGGGCUCUGCCACCCACAACAGGAAAGAAUCCGUGUUGCUUUGUUGGAAAGCAAGAGGAGAAAGACACUUCUGCAGCGAAAGAUCAAGAAGCGAGGAAACAAGAAGACUUCAAAGCUUGAGCACAAGAGACUUCGACUUGAAGGUCUCAGAAACAAGGCAUUGGUUGAUGCGAAGAGCUUUGGUCAUGCCCCUGUGGCUUGGUGGAUGAACUCUACUGCAAAGAUUGGACAUCAGAAGCUAUACAAGAUCAUGCGCCUCAACAAGAAAGAGCAAAAAUUGGUUGAAGAGAACAUCAAGGAGUACAUCAAAAGAAAGAAAGAAGGCUCCAAGAAGGAGAUUUACUGCAAUGUGGAAGAAUGGAAAGCCACCCUUGGUAGGAUUUCUUUUCUUGGCUACACUGCCUAUGCAUCUGCAACGGUCAUCCAUGGAGCCAAGUGCAAUGGCGUGCUGACACUUGUUUCCAACCAAGUUCAUUCCAGAAUGUUUGACGAGUUCUACAACAAUCGUGGUUUUGCUGCUAUCGCUAUUCAGGUUCAAGACAUUCUCAUGAUCAACAGCUACUGCCCUCCGGUUGCCUGCGAGAUUCAUCAACAUGCCAUUGAAUUUGAGGAUUUACUGGUCAGGCUGGACUGGCAAGGCCCACUUUUACUUUGCGGCGACUGGAAUCAAGAACCCCAUGAAUGUUUGAUUGCUGCUCUUGCAUCUAUGUUCGGGUGCGUCACUGUGGAUAUUUGCGAAGACUCAUCUAGAUGGCAAGGUAGAAGGCUCAUCGAUUUCUAUAUUUCAAACAUACCUCAUUUGCGCUCUCAUGCUCUGGAUGCGAAGAUUUCUGACCAUAAGAUCAUUGAGACCAUGGCUGAAUUGGAGCUUUGCAAUUUCCAAGUUCAACGUUUCAAGAAGGGUGCCAACUUUGAUAAGCCUAGCUGGAUUGGAGCUAGGAAGUGGGAGCAACUUUUACUUCAAGCGUUUGACAUUGAGAAAGCCACCAACUGGCAGCGUGCUUGCCUCCUCACGGACGAUGGCGCCCCCAUUCCAAGCCUGAUUGACGAUGAGGACCAUGACCAGGAAAUUGUUGACUACACAUGGAGAUUGACUCAAUCAAAAGGUUUGACCAUUUUUCAAACUGCAUACAAAUUGGCUCUUCUUUGUAUUCCGGACGGCUUUGGCGAUAUUUGGGAAAUUAGAAGAGUUGAGAAACUUGCGAAUAAGAUCCAAAAGUCUCGCCUCAAAGUCGAGAAGCACUCCUGGGAUCAACAUUCACCACAGUUCCGCACUCCCAUGGCUAGAAGGAGAACAAGAAACAAGCUGAAUCUUGCACAUGAGCUCUUGGUUUUAUUACGAAAAGGAAAACAUAGCCAUGUCUCUUUCAACAUGAUGAGGAAGCUCUAUGGCAAAAACUUUAUGGACCUCGAAAUCAAUCAGCAGAAAGUCUCCGAUGAUAUUCAACUUUGGGAAAAACAACUGCACAAGCUUGAAAAUGAAGACAGAGAACGUGCGUAUGGGAGAUGGAGGAGGAAGAUUGCCUCUGACUACUCCUACAGGGCCAACUGGAUCAACAAGAAGAAAAUCAGCUAUUACCCACAGGUCCAGAAUGAUCACAGAACCUCAACUUCGAAGCCAACCGCUGUUGACCUCAUUCAAGAGUUUGACAAGAACCUCAAAAGCACUGUUGCAAUGACUCCGCAACAGAGACAAUGCAGAGCUCAGGAAAUUGCUCAGUUUCUCAGUCAAUAUCAAGGUAGAGUUCAUGGCAGAGAACCUAAUUUGGAUGACCUGCGCAAGGCCAUCAAGAAUGCGAAAGGUGGUCCAGGCCUCGACCAAUGGAGCUCCUAUGAGAUCAAGCUUUUGGCAAAAAACCCAGAGUUUCUCAGGGAAAUUGGUCGCAACUUCAAACAAUGGAUUGACCUAGGAGUCACUCCCACAUCACUUGCGGAGUUCAAGGUCACCUACAUUCCAAAGGCCAACAAGGUUUCCAAGGGCGUGAUCAAUAUCAAAGGUCUUAGGCCAAUCACUGUCUUCAGCGUAUGGUGGAGGAUUUUCUCUGCCAUGUGGAUCACUUCUCCAAUUUUGGAUUCAUUGCAAGCACAAAUGCCUAGUGACAUCAUUUGUAGACGUAGCAAAGGUCCUGAAGUCCAGGCCUGUGUGGCUGACGCUCUGCUUGGUAUUUGGAAGCAUGGAGCGACUUUGGAUUUUAGUCAUUGCUUUGACACGGUGGACAUCAUGAUGUUGAGAGAUGGCGUCAAAGAUGGCAUCCAGGCUCUCAGCCUGCAAUGUGUUAUGGAUGGGUUCCCAUUCCCAGCGAUGCAAUGUUCCGCCGUUUCCUUUGGGGAACUUCACGUGCAGAACAAAACCUUGCUGAUGCCUUCAUUGAGCAGUUGGAGGCAUACCAACUUCAAGAUCAUCACUUUGGAUCACAUGAAGAAGAUGAAGAACAACGAGCAGCACCUGGAAGAACAAGCCUCCAACUGGACCCACAUUUGGAAUCGCCCACACCCUGGCGAUGCGGCCGGCACACUCCACACACCUUGGCAGCCAGCAAAGCACCACCACACCCAGCUAUUGCAACCGUGGCUCCCGCCGCCCAACACUACGCAACCAACUUUACAAGUCACCACCAAACAGCUUAUACAAGCAGCUCGUCGCAGUCGAGGGAAGGCGGCCGGCGGCGAUGGUUGGCAAUCAGAGCACUUUUUGGCCCUUCCCAACACCUGGUGGGACUGUUUUCGAGACUUGUGGCACACCAUCCUCGACACAGCCCACAUCCCUCCAUCAUGGUUACAAACUUUGGUGGUCCUCCUCCCAAAGCCAACCGGCGGAACCAGACCAAUCAGCAUCACCGGCAUUGCUUGGCGAAUUGCUGCGUCAGCAACAGUACGGGCCCUAGCACCCUGGACCCACGACUGGGCAGCUCCUGCAUUGUGCGGCGGGCUCCCAGGCAGGGAUGGCAUUGCCUUGCACGUUCGCCUGUUUCAUGACCUUUUGGAGCACCAUGACGAGGAUUUCAUCGUUCUCUCCCAAGACCUCAGCAAGGCUUUCGAUACAGUCCACAUCAUGCAAGCGCUCACAGCACUUUCACACUAUGGGGCCCCCGAUUCCCUUUGUCAAACCAUCUUGGCUUUCUAUCAAGGCUGUCGACGGCUUUUCCUCUACAACGGCACUAUGUCGCCAACAUGGCAGGCAACAACCCACGGCAUCUUACAAGGGUGCCCCUUCAGCCCCUUGCUACUGGCCACUCUCAUGAACAUUUGGCACCAUGGCAUACACACGUUAACAGCACCAGCCACCACAGUCCACACUGGCAUCUACGUUGACGACCGCAACAUAUGGAUGCAUGGACCAAGCACACGUGAACUUCUCCCACAGAUCCUUGCCCGAUCUCGUGCAAUCGACGACAUUCUUGGCUUCCAGGAAAACACUUCCAAGACCCAACUCGCCACACCAAAUGAGCAACUCCUUCCCGUUCUGGACUCUCUCACACCCAACAACUUCCCCCCGGCUGGCGCCACCAGCACACUUUUGGGCUUGGUCUACAACCUCCGCACCAAGGAGGUCACUACACCAACCGCAACCACGGACAAAUUUAUCCAUCGAGCAAAACGCAUCCAGCAAGCAGUGCUUUGUGGACAACCGCUGGUCAUUGCCACUGAUGGCGGAGCGAAACAUGGACUAGCUACCUGGGCAGUUGCUGUCGAUACCGGCACUUUCGCCCGACCUCUACGUGGCGAAGACAACACGGCAAUGAUGGCAGAACUUACCGCCAUCUGGUGCGUCCUCAUCACCAUAAUUCUUGUUGUUGAGCAAUCACAAGCUCAGUGUGAUCUCCAGGUGAUCUUGGCAGUUGAUUGUCAAUCCGCCAUUGAUUUCUUGGACAGAGUGUUUGUCAGCCUGCUUCAGUUAAAUUGCAUCAUCAUCAUCAUCAUUGUGUGCAACAUCGGCCACUUUGACAACGAGAUUGCCAUGGAGGACUUGGAGAAUUUCCCUGGCAUCAAGGUUGAGAACAUCAAGCCACAGGUGGACCGCUUUGUGUUCCCUGAUGGCCACGGUGUGAUUGUCUUGGCAUCUGGCCGACUGGUGAACCUUGGCUGCGCCACCGGCCAUCCAUCUUUCGUGAUGUCCUGCUCCUUCACCAACCAGGUGUUGGCUCAGCUGGAUAUCUUGGAGAACUGCACCAAGAACAAGAAGUACAAGAACGAUGUGUACCUGCUGCCCAAGCAGUUGGAUGAGAAGGUGGCAGCUCUCCACUUGCCAUCUCUGGGUGCAAACCUGACAAAGCUCUCCAAGGAGCAGGCCGACUACAUCGGCGUCGGGGUGGAUGGUCCUUUCAAGCAGGACACCUACCGGACCUUUAGCUACAUAGGAAGUCAGCAGAGUGCGAACUUGUGUGAAAUGACGGAGGAGAGCUUGCGGCUGCUUGCGGCACAGCGUAUAGUGCGAUACGGAAUUAGUGAUGCUGUCCGAGAGGGUCAGAGAAGGACAUCCAUCGCAGAGGUUGAGGAUAUCCCUGAAGGAUGCCCGCAGCACUGGUCAGCACUGUCUCCUACAGUCCCAGGAAGUGCCAAGAGCGAGACAGGUGUCAAGAGCAGUGAGACAAAGCUGGGAUCUCGGUCUCUGACAUCUGCGGAGGAAUUUCGAUUGUUCCCUACCAUGAAGCUUGAUAGGCUGAAGGACUAUGGAGCUCGGGCAGCAGCUGAGUCGGUGGCGUCUGAUACGCAGGCCCUCAGCAGUGCAAAAGCCGCCACAGAGUCAGACAAAAAAGGCCAAGUCCCUGAGUCGCGAGGGCCGAGUUCAGCAGUGCAAAAGGCUGCCCCUUCAGCCCUCUCCUUGUUGGGCCAGAUGCGGCAGGCACUCUGCGACAGUCCGGUGAUGCCGAAGGCUGGGAGCACCGUUGCUCCCGGGCACUGCGGUUGCAACCUGUGCCUUGUGGUUGGGAGAGUGCUCUCAAUUUGCCAUUGCGGCGAUUUGGGGGCAGCUCCCGUGGCUUUUGCCACUGACAGACUUCGUGUUCUGUACAGUGAGCUGUUGGAUAUCUGCGCUCGGGGUCCUGUGCUACAGAACCUCGUUCAACCUCCACCUGUGGCAGCGGGUGGUGGUUUGAGGCCCCCAGCACCCCCGGUGAGGGUGCCUGCUGAGGGAGUACAUUCUCCCGAGGAUCCCGGCGCUGGAGGCGCUGCGGAAAAGAAAGAGACCCAGCCGGAGACAAACGAAGAGCGACGCGCUACACCUCUUGCCAAAGCAGCCCCUCCAGUCAUCCCAGCUCCUGCCGUCUUAACGCCACCUCCGCCACUGAGCACUCCGGCGGCGCCACCUCUUGCCCCAAAAGGACCUGAAAAAGAAGAGCCCGAAGGCCCGGCCGGCCUAGAGGAGUCAGACGAGUACACGUACGAGACCAUCGAUCCGGAGGAAGGAGUUGAGAAGGAGCCUGAAGAGAGAGAGAUCAGUGGUGGAGGAGACACCGCAGAAAGGGUCGCUGAAGACAAGAGGCUGCCAGCUGAGAGCAGCCGCAAAAGGGACAAAUCGAGAAGCCGUCGCCGAGAGAGACGCAAGACCGAAGAAGGGCGAGAGGAGAAUAGAGAGAAGAAGAGGAGAUCAAGGUCGAGGAGAAGGGAGCGAAGAGCCUCCCGGGAUCGUAGGGAGAGGUCACCCUCGGCGAGGGCAAGCCGAGGAGCAGAGAGACCUCGCUCUCCCGUGGGACCCCCCCCGUGGGCUGACAAGGGGGCGGGGAAGGGUGAGAUCCGAAAGAAGUCAAAAGGAAAGGAGAAGAGAGCAAGGGCAUACUCGGUGAUGCCCCCCAAGAGGCCAGCAGCAGCUGCUGCGAAAGUUCGAAGUGCCCUUCGACGACCAGCAGCGGCGGAAGGCGAACGCAAAGGGGAGGAGUCAGUCCCUCCCGGGGAAAGAUUCAAGAAAGGGGAGACAGUAGAGUUGGAGCAGCUCCCCAUUGGCGCCCUGCACGUGGGUGAUCUGUUGGUUUUUGAGGAUUGCAGCUAUUUUGGAGGACCGUGCAAGUGCGCGGGCCGCUUCCGAGAACUAUGCCAAGCCGAAGGAGGAAGUCGCCUCAAGAUUCACUUCACCGGGACGACUCACCCGGAUCUAUUAGCAUAUGCGACCGGGAUCCCCGACAGAAGUGGAGAGGUCCAUAUAUGCCCGUCAGGGUGUGUGGGAGAACCACAUUCUCCCGGUUUGGUUCAUUCGAAGCUGGUGAAGUUGAUCCAGAAAGCCAAGGAGGGAAAAGUAGAUUGGGAGCUCAACCUGGAGACAGAGACAGUGGACGAAUUGGAAGGGCUGCGAAAGAAAAAAGCGGAAUUAGAAGCCGCCCUAGCCGAGAAAGAGAAACAGGAGGAGAGGAGCAAGGGAGACAAGCGCUCCCGGUCAAAGAAAAGAAAGAGGCGGAGAUCCAAGAGGCGGCGAGAGGAGGAUUCAACCAGUGCCAGAGAGGGGAGAGAGAAGAAAGAGAAGUCACAAAAACCAAAGAGACGCUAUGGGGGACGCACCGUCGCGCGGAAGGACCUCGAGGCAGUGUAUGGGGGCACGGGGCUCGACCCCAGGAGCCGGGUGAGGCGUCGUGUCAUGCGAUAUGCCCGGCGCAAGACUCGCAAGAAAGCCUCCAGUUCCUCGACCAGCGAAGAGACGUCCUCCAGCGGGAAGUCAAGGAGUUCGGAGGAGGCCAUGGACAUGUUGAAGGACAUGAACAAGAUCCGCAACCUCCACAGGCAUGGCCCGGGGGUGCUCACUUCGAUGGGGAUCGCCAGAAUGAAAGAGACGGUGAUCGAGUUGGAAGGCAUCUGGAAGGAAGAGGACAAUUCCUUACCCCCCGUGGCCAUGAAAUAUGUCCGCAGCACUCUGGUGAAGAGUAUGAGUGGAGGCGCCCUCAAAGAGGCGAUGACGUUGGGGACCGUCCUCGACUUGAUGAUGAUGGGUCGCAUCAGCGAAGCCGCAGAUGUGGCAAUGCAGCGUCUCAAGGCCAUAGAGAAAGUGGCUCAGGGAAGCUCAUGGAGUUCGACGGAGAAACUGGAGCUUGUGGGCUCCGCGAACCCACAGAUCUCCACCAGAGGAGAGUUGACCGCAGCGGCCAAGGAAGCCAAGCUGGAUCAACAGAGCAAGGGCCCAGUGUCACCCUACAAGGGAAAAGGGAUGACACAAGAAGGAAAAGGCAAGAAAGGCAAAGGCGACGAAAAAGGAAAGGGCAAGAAAGGAUCAGAGAGCGACCGAGCAGGAAAAGAGAAGAGAGAAAAGUGA